UUUGAGGUUAUCUUAAAACCUGUUCUUUUCUGGUUUUCUUCUGAGCGUAACCACGUUGUUCUAGUAAACGUGAUUAAUUCCAUAUAUCAGAAACUUUUCUGAAAAUAGUACAAAAUGGCAGGUAGCAAAAAGCAGAAAAAGGCAAUUGAAAGUAUAAACAGCAGGUUAGCACUGGUUAUGAAAUCUGGAAAGUACUGUCUUGGAUACAAACAGACUUUGAAGACCCUACGACAAGGUAAGGCGAAGCUUGUCAUAAUCAGUAACAAUACACCACCCCUAAGGAAAGGAGAAAUUGAAUACUACGCAAUGUUAGCCAAGACAGGUGUCCAUCACUACACUGGAAACAACAUUGAAUUAGGCACAGCUUGCGGAAAAUACUUUAGAGUUUGCACGCUGUCUAUCACAGAUGCAGGAGAUUCCGAUAUCAUAAAAUCAUUACCGACAGGAGAUGGAGGAGCCCAAUAAUUUAUAUAACUAAAGCGAAUAAAAUUAACCUGUAUAA